CUCUCUAGAAGACAUGGUACGAUUAUUUAGCCGGGGUCAUUCACUUUUCAUAUAUACCUUAGAAUCCCAGCCCAAAAGAACCAGACUCAUUCAAGUAGAUAGUGUGCAGGGAACAGGUUUCAAUGGCACCCACGUGUUUCUAAAUUCAGUCCUUAGUUCCUUUCUUUUCUCGUACUGAGUUUUGGGCAUUUUCUAUUUGACUUUGUUUGUCUUGAUAAUCAGUAGACUCUAUUUCACCGGAUUUUAAUGCGAGCCAGUCUCUUUUGCUUCUUGAUCUACUUAUCUUGAUAUCUUGGCUCGAGUUGUGAAGCUUGAAGUGUGUGCUAUAAUGGAGAACUCUAAUGGCAAUGUUCUUAAACUUAGUGUGAAGCAAGGAGAGCCAACUUUGGUUCCUCCUGCAGAGGAAACAGAGAAGGGUCUAUAUUUUCUCUCCAACCUUGAUCAGAACAUUGCGGUGAUUGUUCGUACCAUCUAUUACUUCAGGUCAGAUGAGAAGGGGAAUGACAAGGCUGGGGAAGUGAUCAGGAAUGCCUUGAAAAUGGUUCUUGUCUAUUAUUACCCACUUGCUGGGCGGCUGACAAUCAGCUCAGAGGGCAAGCUCAUUGUGGAUUGCACUGGCGAGGGGGCUGUUUUUGUUGAAGCUGAAGCAAACUGUACAAUGAAAGAGAUAGGAGACAUAACAAAGCCCCACCCCGAGACUCUCGGGAAGCUGGUUUAUGACAUUCCUGGUGCAAAGAACAUUUUAGAGAUACCACCCCUGGUGGCUCAGGUGACUAAGUUCAAAUGUGGAGGAUUUGUUCUUGGGCUGUGCAUGAAUCAUUGUAUGUUUGAUGGUAUUGGUGCCAUGGAAUUUGUAAACUCGUGGGGUGAAACAGCCAGAGGCUUGCCGUUAUCUGUCCCUCCAUUCCUAGACAGAAGCACACUUAAGGCCCGCAACCCGCCUAAGAUAGAGUAUCUGCACCAAGAGUUUGCAGAGGUAGAAGACAAGUCCUGCACCGCCGAUAUUCAUAGCGAGGAAACGCUUUACAAGUCCUUCUGUUUCGACCCCGAGAAACUACACCAACUAAAGAUGAAAGCCAUGGAAAAUGGGGUUGUUGACAGAUGCACUACAUUUGAAGCCCUCUCAGCGUUUGUGUGGAAAGCUAGAACCAAGGCACUGAAGUUUCUGCCAGAUCAAGAGACAAAGCUCCUAUUUGCUGUCGAUGGAAGGCGCAAAUUCAACCCGCCACUACCAAAAGGAUACUUUGGCAAUGGAUUCGUGUUGACAAAUUCUAUGUGCAGAUCAGGGGAACUUCUGGAGAAGCCACUGUCAUUUGCAGUGGGACGGGUUAAGGAUGCGAUCAAGAUGAUCACAGAUGACUAUAUGAGAUCCGCCAUAGAUUACUUUGAAGUGACAAGGGUUAGGCCAUCUUUGGCAUCCACGCUUUUGAUCACCACCUGGUCUAGGCUAUCUUUCCACACCACAGACUUCGGAUGGGGAGAGCCUGUUCUGUCAGGGCCAGUGGCAUUGCCGGAGAAGGAAGUGAUUUUGUUCUUGUCUCAUGGGAAGGAGAGGAAAAGCAUAAAUGUGCUUUUGGGUUUGCCAACUUCUGCCAUGAAGAUCUUCGAACAACUCGUGCAGAUCUAGAGAAACGAUAAUGAGUGUCCAAGUCAAGUAAUUGGCGGUUCAAACAUGUGUUAUUUAUAUAUCUUUUUCGGCAAGUGAAUUACGUUACAAACACUUUAAUUUCUACCACCAAAGGUUGUUUCUUUAUUUAAAAGGUUGAAGUAGGGGUGACAAUUUGUAUUCAUGAAUUAUGUUCGUGUCAUGUUAAGUUAUUGGCAUUCGACUC